GUUCGAGUUCUGUUGUUGCCGUUCUUCUCCUGCUUCGUCGUCGUCGCAGGGAAACCGUCAGUCAUGGCGAAGAACAGGAGCAAGAAGAAGAGAAACGAUACGGUUUCCAUGGAUGUAUCUGAACCCUCCUUCCCCGUACGUCCCGAAGCCAUGGACAUUUCGGAGACCGGAGACGUGAAGCCGCCUGUUGAUUCUCAUAACUUAAGAAACACGAAGAAUGGAAAACCGAUGAAGAGAUCGAAGAACGUGAGGAAGAUGAAAGCCAUGGUUAAGGCUAUAGCCAUGACUGAGAAGUAUGCUGAGAAAGUUUCAAAGGGUGAAACCAAAGCCCUUAGAACUCAAUUGGCCAAAAAAUUGUACGAGUGAUUGGGUUAAAAAAAAAGAUUUUGAAAGUCAUAUAAAGUUAUAGAUAGAUGUAUCUGGUUUCAUGUUGGUUGAAGUAAUUCUGUUUUUUCCCCAUCAUCAAGGAGACGUUAUGAUGAUUGGUCCAAAUUUUUUAGUUCCUCUGGUUUAUGAGGUUA